AUGUGUGCGCACUUGGCUCUGCCCCCCUACCAGCCUUACCCCAGCGGGACCGGCAUGGGGUACCUGGAAUUUUACUGGAACUCGGCGGGGGAGGCAGGACAUACCCCCACCCCGGGUGGGCCAGCGGCAGCCGCCGGUGCCAGCCAGUCUCCGGAGGUAGGAGGGAAGAGGCAGAUGGCAGAAGUAUCCCCAGCUUCGUCCAGUUCUGGGAAUUUCAGCCAAUUCACACCAGAUUCAGCCACCAGUCCACAUUCGGCAUCCUCGUCCCCACAGCCUACGGCUAAGUCUCAGAAGGGCAGAGAAGAUGGCAUGGAGGGGGUGAGGAAAGCCAAGAGCCGCACGGCUUUCUCCAAGGAGCAGCUGCAAACCCUGCACCAGCGGUUCCAGAGCCAGAAGUACCUCAGCCCCCAGCAGAUCCGGGAGCUGGCUGCCGCCCUGGGGCUCACCUACAAGCAGGUGAAGACUUGGUUCCAGAACCGGAGGAUGAAGCUGAAAAGGUGCCAGAAGCAUAGCCUGUGGACUGAACGGGCUCAGUGCCUCACGCAAGGUGGUUUCCAGCCAAGUACUUACCUGGACGUGCACCCCAAGUUCCACCAGGGCUACCCCAUCACUGCAGCCAACAACAUCCAAACCGUGCCUCCCCCCCGUCAGCACUACGGAGCAGGGCAGAACGCUUACACGAUCGUGACCAGUGAGGAUGGAGGAGUCUUUGGCAAAGGUGGGGGCACCUGCAGCGUCCAGCAGACGGUGGGCUUCAUUGCCCAGCACAAAGUAGACUUUUACCACAGCUGUCCUGGCAGCGUGGAAUAUCCGAGCACAAAGGCAGGUGACGGCUGUAACUUUCACCACUCGGCCACCAUGGGGGCUCCUUUCCCAACCGCUGCUGGCCACCAUCUCUAUCAUUCCUAG